AAUUUUGCCAGCAAGUAACUGUACGUUGGCAUCGUCCAUAUAACCAGGAUCUGGAAACGUUUCAUCUUUGGCUUGUUGUGUUCAUCCUCUCGAGCGGUCUAUACUUGUGCUCGCACCGCGUGGUCGUAGACUAUCUCGGGGUUGACGUGUGAUGCCGGGAUUAGAAUUAGAUCUGGUCACUCUCCCUUCCUCCUCUUCAUCUACGCAUCCCCUAGCGUUGCUUCAGAACAACACCGAUCAAGAAGCGAAAUGGAUAGUCCAGAAGUUUGGAGGUACUAGUGUGGGCAAAUUUGCAGUCAAUAUUGCUCGAGAUAUUGUGUCGAGCUAUAUUGACCAGCACAAAAUAGCUGUCGUCUGCUCUGCGCGAUCUGGAUCCGCCAAAGCUCUGGGAACCACUAAUCUCCUGCUCAAAGCAGCCUCAGAGGCACGGCAACGACACAAGUUCUUCAAUGGUAUUGGUACCACGACUCCGUCGACAAAUAGUAUCUUCGGAAGUUUAUCAGGAACUGCCCCCACCACCCCUCCGAUGCGCAGUUCUUCGUCAUCCCCUUCGUCUCCGGCCACGGGUGCAUUGAUACAAUUGAUAGCACCCCAGACGGGUCAGAUUCAACCGGAAUUCAAUGUCACCGUAGACCUGAUACGGUCGGAGCAUAUGAGUGCUGCUAAAGCAUCGAUCAAAAAUCCAGAGAUUCUCCAAGAACUCGAGGCUGAAAUAGAUCAAGACUGCGACUGGCUACGUAGUUUCUUGUUUGCCGCUCAGGUGAUCGAUGAAAUAUCACCACGUUCGCGGGAUAGCAUUAUAGGUUUUGGCGAGCGAUUGGGUUGUAAACUGAUGACAGCCGUUCUCCGCGACCGAGGGAUCGACGCGGAGUAUGUAUCACUAGAAGACAUCAUCCCUGUAUCCGAGGAUGGCGACAGUGUCCCGGAAGGCUCCCUCGAUCAGGCCUUUUAUGACAGCGUGACCACCGCUGUCGGUGAACGCAUCAAAAGAUGCAUGCCUCGCGUACCCGUUGUCACCGGCUUCUUUGGCCCCGUACCGGGUUCGCUUCUCCGGCAAGUCGGCCGAGGAUACACAGAUUUGCUCUCUGCUCUUCUGGCUGUCGGCCUCGAAGCAUCAGAAUUGCAGAUAUGGAAGGAGGUUGAUGGGAUAUUUACAGCGGAUCCUCGAAAAGUGCCGACGGCACGAUUGAUACCUAUUAUAUCGCCCGACGAAGCCGCUGAACUGACUUAUUAUGGCAGUGAAGUCGUACAUCCAUUCACGAUGGAGCAGGUUAUCCGUCGAAAAAUUCCAAUAAGAAUCAAAAACGUGGAGAACCCCCUGGGAAGUGGCACAGUCAUUCAUCCUGAUCCAGACAUUGAGGUACCCCUCGACAAUGGUUUCCGUGAACUGCCAAUAGCAACGCUCCUCGACCAAUCUCUGGCCAACGACGAAUUGCGCAGGAACAAGCGACUACCAACCGCCGUCACAAUCAAAGAACGCAUUGUUGUGCUCAACGUUAAUUCGAAUCGAAAGAGCGUGUCUCACGGCUUCCUGGCUGGGAUAUUUGGAACCCUUGAUCGGUUUGGAGUGGUCGUAGACCUCAUCAGCACUAGUGAGGUGCAUGUCAGUAUGGCUAUCGAGGACAAUCUGUCCAAAACAACCAUGGAGCGACUGGUGGGGGAACUAAGAAAGAGUGGAACCGUGUCCGUCCAUCGUGACAUGGCCAUCCUCUCCCUUGUUGGCCAACAGAUGCGCAACCUGGUUGGUAUCUCUGGACGCAUGUUUACUUCUCUUGGCCAGGGUAAUGUGAACAUCGAGAUGAUUAGCCAAGGUGCCAGCGAGAUCAAUAUAUCAUGUGUGAUUGAAAGCCGUGACGCUGCUAAGGCACUCAAUCUCAUACAUCAAAGUUGUUUGCAAAUCAAGCCCGAGGGGCCGAGAGGGCGAGUCGGCCCAUGGCUUUUCUAGCUCGGGACGUAGAAUGCUAUAGAGUCCUACGUGAUCCGGUUCAACACCGUUGAUAGGACCUUAGCUUCGUAGAGUAUCUCUUAAGCAUACCGAACGAUAUAUGCACGUCGGACAUAUUACACGAUUCUGGAAAGAAAUAACUUCAAUAUAACACAAAACAAUGCAGAGCGCACCUACGAAGAUCCGGGGGAUGUCGAUCAACUAAGUCGCGAAAGCGCAGCACCGAGCCGGACAAGAUGCAAAUCCUACUUGAAUCCGA